AUGGAUCAUAAUAGUACCGUGGAUAUGGAUAAGGAACGAUUAACGGCGGAGCUUGCCAUCAAGGACUCUUCUUCCGUGGUGAUUAAGAUCCGUCGAAAGCUUCCUGAUUUCUUACAGUCUGUUAAGCUGAAAUACGUGAAGCUUGGAUAUGGGUAUUCUUGUAAUACGGCCACCCUUGUUAUGUUUGUCCUUGUUUUUCCCUUGUUCAUAGCCACUUUGAUUCAGCUUACUGGGCUUAGGCUCCACAACUUCUCCCAGCAAAUAUUUACUAGCUUCGACACCGCCACCAGUCUAACAGGCUGUGUGGUUUUGCUGUUCCUAUCCGGGGUUUACUGGGCAAAGCGUCCCAUCCCGAUCUACCUCGUCGACUUUGCUUGCUACAAACCCGACCAAGACCGCAAAAUCCCGAAUGAAUCCUUCACCAAGAUGUCCGAAGAAUCCGGGUUUUUUAACCAAGAUACGUUGCAUUUCCAGAAAAGGAUCUCUACCCGGUCAGGAUUAGGGGACGAGACGUAUCUGCCCAAAGGGAUCACCGCUCGACCCCCACAGCUCAACAUGAAAGAAGCUCGGGCCGAGGCGGAGCUUGUUAUGUUUGGUUCCCUUGACUCGCUCUUCGCCAAGACCGGCGUUAGACCACAGGAGAUUAGCAUCCUCAUCGUUAACUGCAGCCUGUUCAAUCCCACCCCUUCCCUAUCCUCCAUGAUUGUCAACCACUACAAGCUCCGACCAGAUAUCAUGAGCUUCAACCUCGGGGGAAUGGGCUGCAGCGCUGGCCUUAUCUCCAUCGACUUGGCGCAACACCUUCUCAAGGCCAACCCCAACACCUACGCCGUCGUCUUGAGCAUGGAAAACGUCACCCUCAACUGGUACUCGGGAAAUGACCGCUCCAUGCUUCUUUGUAACUGCAUUUUCCGUAUGGGCGGAGCCGCCAUGCUGCUCUCCAACAGGUCAAGGGACCGACGCCGAUCCAAGUAUGAGCUGGCCCACACGGUGCGGACGCAUAAGGGAGCCGACGACAACAGCUACAACUGCGUGUACCAGAGAGAGGACGACAAGGGUAUCGUGGGGGUUUCGCUCGCUCGGGAACUGAUGGCCGUGGCUGGAGAUGCUCUCAAGACAAAUAUUACAACCUUGGGACCUCUGGUGUUGCCGUUUUCGGAACAGUUGAUGUUCUUUUUGACGCUGGUGAAAAGGAAAGUGUUUAAAAUGAAGGUGAAGCCUUAUAUUCCCGAUUUCAAGUUGGCGUUCGAGCAUUUCUGCAUCCAUGCGGGUGGGCGAGCGGUGCUUGAUGAGGUCCAGAAGAAUUUGAAUCUGACAGAGAGGCACAUGGAGCCAUCAAGGAUGACGCUACACCGAUUCGGGAACACGUCUAGCAGUUCUUUGUGGUAUGAGUUGUCGUAUGCAGAGGCCAAGGGACGGGUUGCGGAAGGGGAUCGUGUGUGGCAGAUUGCUUUUGGGUCGGGUUUCAAGUGUAACAGUGCGGUAUGGAGAGCACUGAAGCCGAUUCCAGCAGGGUGUGAAGCUAACCCUUGGGCCGAUUCGAUCGACAGUUACCCGGUUAAGGUCCCAGCUGCCUAA